AUCCGCAACCGGUCAGCAACCAAGAUCUUUCUUCUGUUUACGAAAGAGUUUAUUCCCAAAUUAAGUUUGUAUUUUGUGCAACGCAGUUUGUUGUGAAACCCUUUCGAAGAUGAUGCGCUACGAGGGAACCCAGCAGCUGGCGGACGAAACGGCCUGUGCCCGGGUGCGGGCCGAUCUGAAAAUGUGCCUGCUGCAGAGCGAUUGCUGCAAGAAGGAACACAAACUUCCCCGGGAGUGUCUGAGCCGAACGGACGGGUCGGUUCCGGACGAGUGUCACGCGCUGCGGAACACCUUCUUCGAGUGCAAGCGGUCGCUGCUGGAUAAUCGGCAGCGUUUCCGAGGACGAAAGGGAUACUGAACAGAAGGCCAAGAAGUAAAAUGGUUCUGGAAUCGACUAUUACUCGGUAUCUUAUUUACAGUACUUGUAAGAGGUAGGAUUUGUUUUGUUUAGAUUAACAUUAAAUAUAACAAGAGUAUGAAAAUAGAA